AUAUCCAUUCCCAACUUCCAUUGGUCGCUCCUUUUAUUGCCUACUGGCAUUGCUUUUCACAUUUUUGUUAAGAGGGUUCCCAUAUUAUUCUCCUUUAGCUUGCUGCUUCUAUAUAUGCUUUCUUGUCCUAAGGUUUUCUUCCAACACCUUCACCAACUAAAUGGGGAACCGUCCUUCUGCAAGUCCCAACGUUGUCUCCGAAGCUUCCCCCAUCGAAACCUCCUUCAGCCUUCCCUCUCCAUUGCCAACUUGGCCACCAGGUGAAGGUUUUGGACAUGGAACCAUUGAUCUUGGUGGAUUACGAGUGUGCCAGAUUUCAUCUUUCAACAAAGUUUGGGCUACCCAUGAAGGGGGACCAGAUGAUCUCGGCGCUUCUUUCUUUGAUCCCUCGCAAAUCCCACAAGGAUUCUUUAUGUUGGGUAGCUAUAGCCAACCCAAUAACAGGUCGCUUUAUGGAUGGGUUCUUGCAGGGAAAGAUGAGGUAGGAGGAGCCUUAAAGACACCACUUGAUUACACGCUUGUUUGGAGCAGCGAGUCUCUGAAAAUCAAGCAAGAUGGCAUUGGCUACAUUUGGUUACCCAACGCUCCUGAUGGUUACACAGCCUUAGGCGUUGUCGUCACCAAUUCCCCCGAAAAGCCUUCCUUGGAUAAAAUCUGCUGCGUUCGAUCAGACCUCACCGACCAAUGCGAGAUCGACACCUGGAUAUGGGGACCAGGCAAGCAAAGCGAUCCAAAUGGAUUUAACGCAUUCAGUUUGAGGCCCAGCAAUAGAGGGACGCAGGCUAUGGGUGUUUGUGUGGGCACAUUUGUGGCACAAAACGGCAAUUCUACUCCUACUUCUGUAGCUUGCUUGAAGAAAGUGAGCUCCAAUUUAUCUUGUAUGCCUAAUCUAAACCAAAUUCAGGCAAUUUUUCAGGCAUACUCUCCCCGGAUAUAUUUCCAUCCAGACGAAGAGUACCUUUCGUCCUCAGUGAGUUGGUUCUUUAACAAUGGAGCGCUUUUAUAUAAGAAGGGGGAAGAGUCCAACCCCGUCCCUGUCGAACCAACGGGCUCGAACCUUCUCCAAGGAGGUUCAAAUGAUGGUGAAUACUGGUUGGACCUUCCUGUGGAUAAAAAAGCCAAAGAGAGAGUCAAGAAAGGAGAUUUACAAGAAACUGAGGUAUAUUUACACAUUAAACCAAUGCUGGGAGCAACCUUCACAGACAUAGUUGUGUGGGUGUUUUAUCCUUUCAAUGGUCCUGCCAAGGCUAAAGUUGAACUCAUCAACGCUCCAUUAGGAAGGAUAGGAGAACAUGUUGGUGACUGGGAGCAUUUGACAUUGAGAAUCAGCAACUUCAAUGGGGAGCUAUGGAGUGUUUACUUCUCCCAACACAGUGGGGGUUCUUGGUUCAAUGCCUCAGAGCUUGAGUUUGAAAAUGGAAACAAAGCUGUUGGCUACGCAUCGUUGCACGGCCAUGCCAUGUAUUCCAAACCAGGUCUGGUCUUACAAGGGAGUAGUAGGAUAGGAAUCAGGAACGAUACUUCCAAAAGUAAGAUAGUCUUGGACACUGGAGCAAGAUUCUCUGUGGUUGCAGCCGAGUAUUUGGGCACGGCUAUUAUCGAACCGCCAUGGCUUAAUUACUUGAGAAAAUGGGGUCCAACAAUUAGUUACGACGUGAAGGAUGAGAUCAAGAAAGUAGAGAAAAUAUUGCCUGAAAAACUAAAAUCUGUUUUUCAAAAGUUUGUCAAGAGCCUACCAAAUGAAGUUUUCGGAGAAGAAGGACCCACAGGCCCCAAACUAAAAAGGAACUGGAUUGGAGAUGAAAUUUAAAAUAUUGUGGAUUCUAAGGUAGAUAUAUACAUCCUUGGAAAAUUUUUAUCUAGCAAAAUAUAACGUGUAUAAUGGGUUUUGAUGGAUGUUUCAUAUUAAAUUUUUCUUGAAUAUUUAAAAGAUAAUAAAAUUCUCUAUUGAUAAAAAAAAAUAAUGUAUAGAAUGAUAUGAU